ACAGCAGCUGCUGGUCAGCAAACCCUGUGCAUGUUGUUGGCUAGCAACGGCGAUAUUCUGCACAUUUUAGCAGCUGUUCUUCUGAAAUAAAUAAGACGGUUUUGAGGAAUAAGAGACUAUCUUGUAUUCUGAGUAAUUAAACGGUUAAUGCGAGUAAAGUAUAAAUCGUUAUCUUCUCCUCCUCCUCCUCUAAAUGAUAAGGAGGAUUCCUAGCCCAGAAGAAAACAUUGCUUAACAGAUCCGCAGUUCCUUUUUCUCAAUAAAUAUACAGCUACUGAUGGCGACCAGUGCCAAGAGACCAUCCCUGCAGGGUCCUGUGCCACCUCCUCGCAAGAAGACAACCCCCAAACCGGAGCUGACCGAGGAGCAGAAGCAGGAGAUCAGGGAGGCAUUCGAGCUGUUUGACACAGACGGAUCUGGAUACAUCGAUGUCAAGGAGCUCAAGGUCGCAAUGCGAGCUCUGGGGUUCGAACCAAAGAAAGAGGAGAUCAAGAAGAUGAUUGGUGAAGUGGAUAAGGAUGGCACAGGGAAAAUCUCCUUCGCUGACUUCCUCACUGUCAUGACACAGAAAAUGGCUGAGAAGGACUCCAAAGAGGAGAUCCUGAAAGCUUUCCGGCUGUUUGAUGAUGACGAGACGGGUAAGAUCUCAUUCAAGAACCUGAAGAGAGUAGCCAAAGAGCUGGGAGAAAACCUCACAGACGAAGAGCUGCAGGAAAUGAUAGAUGAAGCAGACAGGGAUGGAGAUGGAGAAGUGAACCAGCAGGAGUUCCUGCGCAUUAUGAAGAAAACCUGCCUGUACUGAAGGAAGUGCACGGCAUCAGGGUCGGUGAUACACGAAGUCAGUGGUGGUUUUACAUGUAAUGCUGCUUAUAUAUCAAAAUGUCCCUUUCCCCAUUAUUGUGUCAUGCUAUACAUUUUCACUUAAGAUCAGUCAUUUGAAAGGUUUAACUGUCACAUACUACGCUGAAAGGAAACUGUUAAAGACUUGAGCACAAAGUCUAGUCAAAUGCCAAAGUAUCCUCCUUUGAAUCACAUGAUAAUCUGUUAAUUUUAUGAAGAAGUUGAUAUUAAAGAUAACACAGAGGUUAUUUGUUGUUAAGAAAGUCUCAGUGCCUACGUCAGUACAGUGACAGAGACAAACAGUACAUUCCAAUCCUUUGAUUGAUAAUACAGUGUAUUCAUUGAGUUUCAUUCAUCUGGAGAUUGUUCAGUUUACACUGGUAACUCCAGUGUUUCAUGUUUUGGCUCUUGUAUGGUGGUUCUUCAGAGAUAUUUAUAAUGUGAGCAGUUGGUUAACCACUUCGGUUAACCACUGAUGAUUGGGGGAGUGCUGUCUCACCUCAUUGCUACAUGUGGAUUUGUAUCUGUGCCUCUUAAACGGGGGAUCAUCACUAUCAGGGAAGCUGCCCGAGCUCUCUGACCUGCACAGCUUCCCCACGAGUCCCACUGUCUUUAAAAUAUGAGUGUGUAUUUUUCUUGCAGCAUUGAGUAUUUAUCCCUGUUGUGUAUAACUUCUCUCUAUUCUUGAAUGUUUUGUAUAAUACAGUGACUUUAAUGAGUAGACAUACAGCAUAUAAAUGUUUAUGAAACAAAUUAAACAUCUUGAAGCAG